AUGGCCGAGGAGCCGCCGCCGCAGCUGCCCAUUGGCGACCGCGCGUAUCUCGCGUGCCGCCGCUGCCGCCUUGUGCUGACGGAGCAGCAGUUCCUGCGCGACGGCUGCUCGCUGUGUGGCACCGGGCCGGUGCGGCGCGAGGAGCUGCUCGACGUCGCCACCGCCGACUUCACGAACUUCGUUGGUCUCAUCGCCCCCGAGAAGUCAUGGGUGGCUCGACUCAUUGGCAAGACGGACUGCCCGAACGGUGUCUUCGCCGCGGCGCUCGACGAUGAGGAGAUGGAGGAGGAAGACGAGGAAGAGGACGCCGCCGCCGCCGACGACGACGAUGAGGAUGAUGGCGUCGGUGACGCAGAUGAGGCCGACGAGGUGGCGAGGGAGAAGAACGACGGCGCUCCGAAGAGCGACAGGAAUUUGCCGCCCGUCAUGACAGAUGACGAACUGCUGGCCACCGCGAAUGAUUAA